AUGAAGAAUAUAGUGUUUUCAAGAAACAAACCACUAUCUUAUGAUGCUUCGAAGGCAGUGGUUAAAUCAUUGAAUUUGGAGAUAAGAGAGCAAAUCCACCACCGUAUUCCUUCCCUUCAUACCAUCAACUGUCUCUUCCCUUUUGAGCUCGAAAAAGUGAAAAUCUCCAACGAUACUCUCGUAAUCAACAAUAGAAAAUGGACCGUUGGGAGGAGAAUCCAGAGAGAAAAUGAAAUGGAGCCUGUGAUAGAUGAAACGGAAGUUUCAAUCAGUCUUGGAGAGCAACGUGCACCAACUCGUCGAUUAAAUCAAUCGCCUGAUGACGUCUUCGAACAACUAUUCGACGCCUACAUCAGAAAUGGGACAGUUGUCAGAGGAACGCUUACCCUUGUUGGUAUACCAGCGUUUUUGAAGAAGAAAAAUUCAGAUGAGUUGAAGAUAAAAGUGGCAAAUUUGGAGUUGCCGACUCAGAGAGGUUCUACGGAGAAUUACGAACAACUGAGAAGAUUCAUUGAUUUGAAGGCGUUGAGAAGUGUGAUGAUAGAACAUUUAGCAGCGAAUAAUAUUUCGAGUAUGCUCGAGAAGCCAGAGAACUGGAUUAUAACUGGCCGUGAGAUAGGGACACGUUUCAGUUUGUAUCAGACACAGUACGUAGACGUUGAUUCAAUUUUUGAGCGUUUAAAGCAGCGAUUUGGAGCGAUUGAGUCAAAACAUCCAGAACAUCACUACUACACUGACGGCGUCACUAUUAAAAUGGGGGAUGAUAGACGUCUGGUGAUAUUUGCUGAGUAUGUGGGUGAUAGUGAAGUAUCUUAUCCCUUCAAUCAUGAUCCAUGGGUGUUUGAAAUGGAGAUUAUGGCAAGUGCAUCUGCAACUGGCAUUGUGGGAAGUGACUGA